CACGAGCGAGGGGUUGUUCUGCUCUCCCGCGGCUCCGUCAUUCAGGAAGUCUAGACCAACUGACAGCACUUCGCGAAGUCGCACCGACAUCUUCAAAGUCGGACUAAACACUUUCUAAAGUACGCAUUAUCUUUUUUCUUUCUUUCUUCUUCUUUCUUAACCUGGACGACUUUCACAAAAGGCUAGCUCGACAUGCUGAGGAAUUAUGAGGAGUUAUUCCCAUCAGCCAAACAUACAUCACCAUUGGCGACCGCUGAUUUGUGUUAUAUCUGCCCUCCACCACUCCUCCGGAUCUAGGGCUUAUUUUAGCUCGGCAGAGAGAAGGAAAAGGCUCAGACGCAAGUAUUUUUAGAAAUACAUAGGAGAAUUCCAGUGUGCAACACUAGCUUAGCAGAGCUGGGCAUGUCAGCAAGGCUUAGGAUGCAUGCUUAUGAUGGACACGUCUGCUGAUGUGAGUGAGGAUGAGAUGCAAUACACUGUGAAGUACUGUGAUGGACUGGCGACCUGUCCAGGGUGUACUCCACCUCUCACCUGAAACAUUAGCUGGAGAUAGGCACCAGCACCCUUCCCAACCCCACUAGGGACAAGAGUGUAGGAAAAUGGAUGUAUGGAGAAAAGCAAAAACGGUGUUAUUCCAGUCAUGAAGGAAGCUGACAAAACUGCAGUUCUUGGUUUAUUCUGAGGAGAGUGGAAAAGAGAGGGAGACUGAGGAUAGGCUAACACUUCCUGUCACACGUUUCUUACCGAACUCAAGACGGUCAUCUUUGUGCAUCUGGUGCCACUGAGGCAGACUGCACCAAACCUUGCCUUUAAGACUGGUAUUUCUGGGGUCUAGCUGGCCAAUGCCGGGCCCGUCGUGGACAUCUGGUGGCGGUAGCAGCAGCGGCAGUGUGUAUGCGAUUGUGGUCACCGACGCCUAGCCCAUGUCCAGCCCAUGAUGCCGUCAUCCACACGGAAAGGAGUGCCGAAAGAUCCCGAGCUGGCCGACCUCUUCUUCAAAGAUGACCCGGAAGAGGUCUUCUGUGACCUACAUGAAAUCGGGCAUGGCAGCUUUGGAGCUGUCUACUUUGCCCGUAACUCCUACUCCAAUGAGGUGGUGGCCAUCAAAAAGAUGUCCUAUAAUGGAAAGCAGACCACAGAAAAGUGGCAGGACAUCAUUAAAGAAGUUAAGUUUUUGGGACAGCUGCGACACCCAAACACCAUUGAGUACAAAGGCUGCUACUUGAAAGACAACACUGCCUGGCUGGUGAUGGAGUAUUGCCUGGGCUCCGCAUCAGAUUUAUUAGAGGUUCAUAAGAAACCACUGCAAGAAAUGGAAAUUGCUGCCAUUACCCACGGUGCCUUGUUAGGACUGGCUUACCUACAUUCCCAUAAUAUGAUUCACAGAGAUGUGAAAGCUGGUAAUAUCCUGCUGACUGAGCUGGGUCAAGUCAAACUGGCUGACUUUGGCUCUGCCUCCAUUGCCUCACCUGCCAACUCCUUUGUUGGAACACCUUACUGGAUGGCCCCAGAAGUGAUUUUAGCCAUGGAUGAGGGUCAAUAUGAAGGUAAAGUGGACAUCUGGUCGCUGGGGAUCACCUGUAUUGAACUGGCGGAGCGUAAACCUCCCUUGUUCAACAUGAAUGCCAUGAGUGCCUUAUAUCACAUCGCACAGAAUGACUCUCCCACGCUGCAGUCAAAUGAGUGGUCGGAUGCUUUCCGGAACUUUGUUGAUUUCUGCCUACUGAAAAUUCCUCAGGACAGACCCUCGUCAGGGGAGCUGCUACGACAUGAGUUUGUGCGCCGAGAACGCUCGCCGCGCAUCCUCAUUGACCUCAUCCAGAGGACCAAGGAUGCAGUGCGGGAGCUAGACAACUUGCAGUACCGCAAGAUGAAGAAGAUUCUCUAUCAGGAGAAACACAAUGGGCCCUUGGGGGAAAGCCAGGAAGAGGAGGAGCAGGACAGCGAGGCACCAAGCUGCAAGAUGAACAGUCUGGGCAGCAACCACUCCAUCCCCAGCACCUCCGUCAGCACUGGUAGCCAGAGCAGCAGCGUCAACAGCAUCCAGGAGGUGCUGGAUGACGGCUGCUCCGACAUGACCAUGAUGCAUCCCCAGGACUACAGCAGCACGCUGGAGUCCUCUGCACACACCAAAAAGGACCAUCAAUAUAACUGGGAUGAUGGGAUCCACAGAGAUCACCGGCCAGAGCCAAUGCAUGCCUCCUCUGACAAAAGCAGCCAGGCCUCCAACUAUAAAAACAGAGCCGGCUUUGCCACCAUCAAGUCUGCUUCACUUGUGACCAAACAGAUCCACGAGCAUGAGCAGGAGAGUGAACUGCGGGAGCAGAUGUCGGGCUACAAGCGAAUGCGGAGGCAGCACCAGAAGCAGCUGAUCGCCCUAGAGAACAAGCUGAAGGCCGAAAUGGACGAGCACCGGCUCAAGCUGCAGAAAGAGGUGGAGACGCAGGCCAACAAUGCCUACAUCGAGCUGGAGAAGCUGGCCAAACGCCACGCAGUGCAAACUGAGAAGGAGAUGAAGACGGCACUCGCAGAUGAGAAGAAGUUCCAGCAGCAGAUCAUGGCGCAGCAGAAGAAAGAGCUGACCACUUUUCUGGAUAAUCAGAAGAAGCAGUACAAGCUCUGCAAAGAGAAGAUUAAGGAGGAGAUGAAUGAGGACCACAGUACACCCAAGAAGGAAAAGCAGGAGCGUCUGUCCAAGCACAAAGAGAACAUGCAACAUUCCCAGGCCGAAGAGGAGGCCCUUCUUCUGGCAUCGCAGCGAGUUUUCUAUGAAAGAAACUGCCGCGCCUUCAAGCGCAAAGUCAUGACUAAAAGGCACGACGUGGAACAGGAACAAAUCCGUGAGGAGUUAAACAAGAAGAAGACUCAAAAGGAGAUGGAGCACGCCAUGCUGAUCCGCCACGAUGAGUCCACCCAGGAGCUGGAGCAGCGGCAGCUGAAGACGCUGCAGAAGCUGCGAAUGGACCUGAUCCGCCUGCAGCACCAGACGGAACUGGAGAACCAGAUUGAGUACAACAACAGACGAGAGCGAGAGCUCCACCGCAAACAUGUGUUGGAGCUCCGGCAGCAGCCCAAGAACCUCAAAGUGUUGGAGCUUCAGAUCAAGAAGCAGUUUCAGGACACAUGUAAGGUCCAGACCAAGCAGUACAAGGCCUUGCGCCACCACCAGAUGGAGGUUACGCCCAAGGCGGAGCACAAGACGGUGCUCAAGGCCCUGAAGGAUGAGCAGACUCGCAAGCUGGCCAUCCUGGCGGAGCAGUAUGAGCAGAGCAUCAACGAGAUGAUGGCCUCGCAGGCGCUGCGUCUGGACGAAGCCCAGGAAGCUGAGUGCCAGGCCCUGAGGCAGCAGCUGCAGCAGGAGAUGGAGCUGCUCAAUGCCUACCAGAGCAAGAUCAAGAUGCAGACCGAAGCACAGCACGAGCGCGAGCAGCAGAAGCUCGAGCAGAAGGUGUCGCUGCGCCGGGCGCACUUGGAACAAAAGAUCGAAGAGGAGCUGGGUUCCCUCCAGAAGGAGCGAACUGACCGCAUUAAGCACCUGCUGGAUCGCCAGGAGCGGGAGAUCGACAACUUCGACAUGGAGAGCAUGAGGCAGGGUUUUGGCAACUUGGGUACCUUAGACUUUCCCAAGGACGACUACAGAUGAGGAGUUAGGAGGGGAAAGGUUGCUGUCGUGUGUCGUCCUUCUGCCUCAGAUCAACCGUCCUCUCCUUCUACCUGACCUGGCCUGACAGUGCAGGGAUUUUUUCUGCUGCUGACAUCCUCAUCAAAAACACACAGAUAGAUGUAUGGGGGAAAAAAAAAAAGCUCCAGAUUUGGUGAGCCAGUGUGUGUUUCAUGGCCGGUCAAACGGAGUCGACGGCGGGUUUUAGAUGCCCAAAUCCCACCGAAACUUCCUCCCCCUCUUUGCCUCUUGUGGUGUCACAAGAUGACAGAAAAAGAUAGAUAAAUUCUUGUAGUUGUCACGUUUUUGUAAUGAUAAUGAUAACAUAGUCAGUGUUUCUUGUUCCUUGUGCAAUGAUGACACUUUUGGUGUGACCUAAAAGUGGAAGUCAAGAGAAGGAGGGAGAGAAAAAUGAGGGUACUUCAAUGAGCGAAAUCGCUCCACAAACAUGCAUUUAUGCAAAAAUGAUUUUCUUCUCUAAAGCUGUGCAAAAGAAAGGAAAAAAAUCUCUUAAAUCGACAAAUGAAACGACUGAUCCUUCCGCAGCGCAUCGUCUUUGCUGCUUCUUUGAACUCUUUUUGGUAAUUAUUCAUCAGGACAUUUUUAGGACAAAUUUUGAAUAAUUUGAUACUUGGAGAGACGAUCAUCAUGGUGUACGAACAGGUGCACAGAUCAGACAUAUUAUUCCUUCAGGUGAAUUUGAUUGCUGAAGGUGGGCUGGAUCAUGGUAAUCGCCGUGUAUAUCCUAGUGAUUUUACUGCACUGGCAGCCAAUGUGAAAUACAGAGACAUACAUGUGAGCUGUAUACUCCCAGUUAGUACAAAGGGCUUCAAUGGGAGGGCAGGGCUGUCUUGUAUCUUGUGUAUAGAUGGAUUUAUGGAGAGCUUUUACUUAUUUUCAUAUUGUAUUUUAACUGUCACACAAAUCCCAAAAAAAUUUUUUUAAAACGCUUUCUUUUUCUUCUUCUUCUGCCCCAUCUUUUACAGAUAGUAUUUGAAGUCCCGUCAUUUAUUAAUGAGUUUCUUUUCUUUUUUCUUUUUGCUUUACACAACUCUCAAGCUGUGUAUUUUCUUAUAAACCAGACCAGUAUGAUGCUUUAUUAAUGCAUGCACUUUAUUUUUUUUUCAGGUCUAAAGAAAGCAUGAAUCUGUCAGAGCUUUUAAUUAUAUUUGUAAAUAAAGUGCUCAUCACACAAAGUAAAGGAGCGUAAACGUUAUUCCUCUAAGCGAUGGAACCAGUUUCAAAUGGCCAUAGCGAUACAUUUUAGACAAACUAUUAAAAUGUAUAUCUUUAGUUAGAAAAACUGUAAAGAAAUAUAUUUUUUUAAAUGAUUCUAAUUAAAACAAACAUGAAUUUAAAAGUGUAAAAUUAUUAUUCACACCACCAGUCUUUGAAUUGGUUAGAUUUAUUCUAUUUUGUCUUGGAGUUACAUCAAUAAUUUUAUUGUAUAAUUUCCAACUUAUAUAGUACCUUUAAGAUGGAUAGAUUUGCAAAAUAUUUGUUUCUAUCCUAGAAUUGUCAGUUGUUCCAGAGCCUUACUUGGGAAUUUUAGUUCCUACUUUUACAAUGCAAUUACAAAGAAGCUCCUAACCUCCGGAAAUCAGAGGAUCUGUUGAAUCUCGUCGAUCUUUGUCUCAUCAGAAAUAUCUCAAACAAUAUGUGCAGAGAAAAAGAUUUUAAAAGCACCCAGGACAACCUGAAGCAGACAGUGAAAAACUUAUUGUUCUAGAUGAGUGUGAAAAUAUGUAUUUUCUAAUACCUUGCCCUUAGCGAUCCUCAAAAUGUGUUGUUUUUUUAUUAAAUAAAGUCAAAUGCAAGCUUAGUAAUACGCACGUAAUAAGUAUAACUUUUCUCAAGUAAAACAAGCUACUAAAAACAGAAGGGCAUUGGAGAGUUUUUCCCAAGAAUGUGAACUUCAGCACAUCAAAGCGAACCUCUAGAAAAAUUACUAUUAUCUAGAAAUUUCAUCAAACCCAACGGAUUGUUACUUUAGUUGCAAAUCAAAUGUACAACACUUUCAUAGAUCAUGUGUUUAAUAAGCAGGCUAAGGACAAUUUGAAGACACAACUAAUAGUCUUAUGUUGGUAUGUGGUUUAUUGCUGCAGCCAUAAAGGAAUUUUAAAUGGAUUUUGAGGUUGAGGUUAAUUUAUAGCCCCCAAACUUUUUCUAUCUGAAGUUCUCAACUUUAUUUUUUUAAUGUGGACCAACAAAAGAUUGACAUUUGGGUACAAAUGAAGUGUCCAACAAAACCAUAUGUGAGUUCUUUUAUUUUUUUUGUAUGAAAAA